CCUGGACGCAGAGCCCAAGUGAUGCUUGGAAUCCUUCCCUGCAAGGCGUUGCAGAUUCCUGAAACCAGCCGGAACGCCGGAGACGCCGGAGACGCACAACAGGCCUUGCUCCCGACGAUCAUCGGACAUACUACUUUGGACAUCCAUUUCUAUCGGGACCUGCCUGCUGUACUUCAAGGUGUUCUCAGAGCUUAUCGCCGAAUGAGAUAUGUUCCUCACACGAUGGUCGCUCGCUUGCGGCUCAUUGACGGCCGUGCCGCUCGAAGUCCGAUGUGGUUGAAUCUUGUUUCGAGGCUCCAAACUUCCCAGCAGCAUUCAGUCGGGGGUCGCCGUGGAGCGUAAGCAGAUGAUGAAACCGUUCCCCAGGGUUCUUCGGCCCCGCACAAACCUUGGCUCCUGAACCCGCAGAUAAUUGCUACUAUCCGCUGCAUUGUCCGGAGUCUGCAAAAACAUAGCAACAGAAAGAACUUGUUUGCAAGACUGCAAAUACCGGGUUAGACGCCAAUGCACUAUUGCCUCCUCAGGGCAGUGCAAAGGAGUUCAUAGAUGAUCAUGUCGGAUUGACGCUGCGGUGGGGCUUUAAUCACUGCACCUGCUCGACCCUUCGCCGAGCUCCGCCUCUCUGCCCACUAUGUCGAACCUCACGAGCGCCGAUAUCGAGACCCUCAGUAGUAUCGGCCAUGAUACUAUCCAGACGACCGUGGCUCUCGUUGUAGAAUCGGUGCUGUGGACCGUCUAUCUCGUGCUCAUUGUGAUAGCCGGCAAUAUUCUACUUCGAAGGGAUCGUCGCAACAAGAUGUCGAUUUUCACAUUUGCCGUAGUCUUCAUCAUGUUCCUGCUCGACACUUCAAUGUGCAUUAUCGACGUGAACAACGCCAUCCGAGAGAUCAGCCUGACGCUCACUUCGACUUCGACCCUUUCUCUCUCGGAUCGGUACGCCCUGACAGACAAUCUGCCGUAUGCGGUGGAGAACGCGCUGUACGCCUGGAUGUCCAACCUCGGAGACGUCAUCAUUAUCUGGCGCACAUACGCAUUCUGGCGUCUGCCUCACGAACGCUGGGUGCUUGCCAUCCCGUGCGCAUUCCUCUUCGGCUCCGUCGUUACGUCUGUAUUGAUCUCAUACUGUGUUGCGGCAGCCGACGCGCAACAUGGAGCUGGUGACUUUGUGCACCCACCGUUUUGCGUGAACGUUCAGCUCGCGUCGUAUUCGACGGCGCUCGUGACAACUGCUGUCGCGACGCUGAUGAUAUGCUACAAAACAUGGGACUAUCGGCGUGAAGUCGGUACCUUCAUCAGUGUGUCAAAGCCCAAGACACGUGCGGAAAAGGUUAUGACAAUCCUCAUUGAGUCAGGCCUCCUCUACUUCUUCUUCUUUUUAUCUGCAGUGAUAGAUGAAGCAGGCAAUGUACCGACCCUCGAAACUAGUACGCCUCAGCUCGCAUUUGCCAGCACCGUCUGGACAUAUAUGACCAGUCACAUUCUCGGCAUCUACCCCGUUGUCAUCGUCAUUCUCGUGUACAUGCAGAAGUCUUACAUCAACGCUAGUACAAGCGCUUCAUCCAAUGCCACCGGCUCGCUGCACGUCAGGGUGUCGUCGGACCGGCCGCAUGUUGCGCCGGAGGUAGCAUCCUGGGGUGGUAGUACUUCGACCCGCUUGGGCUCGCGCCAAGACUUAAAGCACGGGACGGUCGGUAGCAAGACCAAGGGGCUGGGAUCGCCGCGCAGCCAUGUCGUGGAGUUUGACAUGCCGGACUCGGAGCUCGAGAUGCAGAGCCUUCCUCACCAUUCUCGUCCGUCCGAUGGAGCAGAGGAAUCCAUUAACGAUUCACGUACGCAUAUCGAGACGAUGGCGGUCUAG